ACUUCUGCAAUUGCCAGACAGCAUAGAGGCUGAGGCUGGGGCCAGGACCCAGACAGAGACACACGGUCACUGCAGCUGAAGCCGCUGCCCCUGCUACAGGCACCGCCAGAACCAGCUGAUCAUUCCAGCCCACAGCAAUGGAGCCACAUGACUCCUCCCACAUGGACUCUGAGUUCCGAUACACUCUCUUCCCGAUUGUUUACAGCAUCAUCUUUGUGCUUGGGGUCAUUGCUAAUGGCUACGUGCUGUGGGUCUUUGCCCGCCUGUACCCUUCCAAGAAAUUCAAUGAGAUAAAGAUCUUCAUGGUGAACCUCACCAUGGCGGACAUGCUUUUCUUGAUCACCCUGCCACUGUGGAUUGUCUACUACCAAAACCAGGGCAACUGGAUACUCCCCAAAUUCCUGUGCAACGUGGCUGGCUGCCUUUUCUUCAUCAACACCUACUGCUCUGUGGCCUUCCUGGGCGUCAUCACUUAUAACCGCUUCCAGGCAGUAACUCGGCCCAUCAAGACUGCUCAGGCCAACACCCGCAAGCGUGGCAUCUCUUUGUCCUUGGUCAUCUGGGUGGCCAUUGUGGGAGCUGCAUCCUACUUCCUCAUCCUGGACUCCACCAACACAGUGCCCAACGGUGCUGGCUCAGGCAACGUCACUCGCUGCUUUGAGCAUUACGAGAAGGGCAGCGUGCCAGUCCUCAUCAUCCACAUCUUCAUCGUGUUCAGCUUCUUCCUGGUCUUCCUCAUCAUCCUCUUCUGCAACCUGGUCAUCAUCCGUACCUUGCUCAUGCAGCCGGUGCAGCAGCAGCGCAACGCUGAAGUCAAGCGCCGGGCGCUGUGGAUGGUGUGCACGGUCUUGGCGGUGUUCAUCAUCUGCUUCGUGCCCCACCACGUGGUGCAGCUGCCCUGGACCCUUGCUGAGCUGGGCUUCCAGGACAGCAAAUUCCACCAGGCCAUUAAUGAUGCACAUCAGGUCACCCUCUGCCUCCUUAGCACCAACUGUGUCUUAGACCCUGUUAUCUACUGUUUCCUCACCAAGAAGUUCCGCAAGCACCUCACCGAAAAGUUCUACAGCAUGCGCAGUAGCCGGAAAUGCUCCCGGGCCACCACGGAUACGGUCACUGAAGUGGUUGUGCCAUUCAACCAGAUCCCUGGCAAUUCCCUCAAAAAUUAGUCCCUGCUUCCAGGCCUGAAGUCUUCUCCUCCAUGAACAUCAUGGACUGAGCUGGGGGAAGAAGGGAUAUCUACUGUGGUCUGGGCACCACCUCUGUGGGCACUGGUGGGCCAUUAGAUUUGGAGGCUACCUCACCCGGGCAGGGAUGAUGGCAGAGCCAGACUGUUGGAAAAUCCAGAACUCAAAUGAGCCCCUUCAUCUGCCUGUGGGCGCAUACUACAGUAACUGUGACUGAUGAUUUUAUCCUGAGUCCGUUAAUCCUAUGGGGCCGGAAGGAAUGUGAGGGCCAGGUGCAGACCUUGGGGGAAGACUUUAAAGCACCUAGUUCUCCCCGAUGGGGCAUCAGUCUAAAGCUUUGGGGGGGUGGGCGCAGUGGCUCACACCUGUAAUCCCAGCACUUUGGGAGGCCGAGGUGGGCAGAUCAUGGGUCAAGAGAUCGAGACCAUCCUGGCCAACAUUGUAAAACCCCAUCUCUACUAAAAAAUACAAAAAUUAGCCUGGCGUGGUGGCACACGCCUGUAGUCCCAGCUACUCGGGAGGCUGAGGCAGGAGAAUCGCUUGAACCUGGGAGGCAGAGGUUGCAGUGAACCUAGAUUGCACCAUUGCACUCUAGCCUGGCAACAGAGCGAGAUUCCGUCUCAAAAAAAAAAAAAAAAAAAAAGCUUUGGGCAAAUACUCUCAAGUGAUAGAGGUAGAAUGGGUUGGGAAAGGGACACUGCCCUCACUGUGUGGCACUACCUUGGGGCAGACUUUUGAGCUAGGACGUUGCCAUCCUCUCUCCACCCUCCGGCACAAGGUCUUUGUGACCUUUCUCAGGCGAAGGGGCUUGAUGGAACCUUCUCUGACUCAUCUGGCAACCUGUCCCUAAUGGUGACCAAAGAAGAUAAAACAUGAACAGACCAAAAGCUAGGACAAGAGCUUGCUUCCCAAGACAGACGUGUCUGUUUGCAAAGCCCUUGCCUCUAGCCCAGUCAGCUCUGGGGGAGUGGGAAGGAGAUGCCCACCUCCUCUUUCUGUCUCAACAACAGUCCCUAAUUAAGUACCUUCUGUGGGGCAGCCACCCACUGAGGAUGGGCAAAGGCCCCUUGAAAGCAAAAUUGGGGCUGGGCUCAGUGGCUCAUGCCUAUAAUCCCAGCACUUUGGGAGGCCAAGGCAGGCAGAUCACCUGAGGUCCGGAGUUCGAGACCAGUCUGGCCAAUGUGGUGAAACCCCAUCUCCACUAAGAAUACAAAAAUAUGGCUCACGCCUGUAAUCCCAGUACUUUGGGAGGCUGAGGUGGGCCGAUCAUUUGAAGUUAGGAGUUUGAGACCAGCCUGACCAAUAUGAUAAAACCCCGUCUCUACUAAAAAUACAAAAAAAUUAGCCUGGCGUGGUGGCGCAUGCCUGUAGUCCCAUAGGCUGUAGCUACUGGGAGGAGGCGGAGCUUGCAGUGAGCCAAGAUCGAGAUCAUGCCACUGCUCUCCAGCCUGGGCGACAGAGCGAGACUCUGCCUCAAAAAAAAAAAAAAAAAAAAAAAAAAAGGCAAAAUUGGUGCUGUCCAGGCCAGGACACCUCGAUGUCCAGGGGCUUCCAUAUGAACAGACGCAUGGGCUGGGAAGUGCAUGAGGCCCCUGGGUAGAAGGGUCUGUCAGUUCUCUCCUCCCUUGCCCUCUGGGAGGCUCCUCCUAAGAUAGCUUCCAGGAGGUGGGAGGAGCAGUUACUGUCAGCAGGUGUCAGCCAGGUUUCAGCUUCUCCUGGGGAUCUCUAGAUGUCUGCUUGUGAUUUUUGGCAAGUAUAUGCAAAUGAGCCUCCUCUCCUGCCCUGAGACAAGUAUCUGCAGUGUGAACCUGGCAGCCUCAGACCCAAGGGGCUCAGAGGAAACUUCUCUGGUUUCUAGAGCUCUGUGCUCCUUCAGAGAAGUCUUCCUUCCUUCCAGUCAGUGUCCCUGUGAAGCUGGGAUACUCAUUUCCUGUGUACCGGGCAAACACCGGAUUGCUGAUUUUGAGAAACGCCUCUCGAUGGACCUGUAACCUGCUGGAGUCUGGGAUGGUAGCUGUGGGCUGGACUUGGCUGAUGGGAUGACCCGGUGGCUAGUGCAGCAUCACACAGGCUGGUUCAAGUCUUGGCUGUGUCAUUUCCUGCUGAGGGACCAGGCACUGAAUUUCCUACCUCUUAGGGUCGUUACCUAUGAGGUUAAAGCUACCUCAUGGGAUUGUUAUACACCGCUGAUGUUGAGGCAGACACCUCUUGGUCAGGGUGACUGCUCAUCUUAGACCCUCCCCUUUUCUGCGAAUUUGGGCCCCUUGAUCCUCUGAUGGGAGCUGAAAGGAUGAGAGGUGGGCAUCUAGAUUCAGGGAGGCUGUUCAGGCUUUGCAGGUCCCUUACCUGAACACAUAGAAACCCUGGAGCUGUGACCGUGUCCGUGUGUGUGUGUGUAUUUGUCUGUGUGUGUUGCGGGGGAUGGGCGCCUGCAUGAAUGUGGUAGAGAAAAUGGCUCUGCUCAGAGAGAAGAUACGCAUAGCAAGGCAGGGACCAGAGGAAUCACAGGCGCCUGGAGAGCAGCCGGGCACCGCCUCCAGGGACCGGCCGGCUUCCCUCAGUCCUCCAGGGGCCCAGCACUCUUUCCUUUAGGCCCUGUGAGCGUCCCUUGUCAGGAUACAUUCUCUCAUUUUGCUGAAGCUGAUUUGAUUGGGUGUCUGUUUCUCGCAGCCAAAAGAGCUCUGAAUGAGGAAAGUGCUUCUGUGCUAACUCCCUGCGUCUCCUGAAUUUCAGUCAUUCAUGUACCCACCUCGAAAUUUUUGCAAUAUCUGUGUACCAACUGUCCAUUUACUUAAUAAAGAAGUUUUCUUUAAAUUAA